AUGGAUCAAAUAAAUGGUUCUGUAGUAACUGAAUUUGUACUACUGGGACUUGCACAUUCCUUGGAAAUGCAGUUUUUUCUUUUCUUUUUUUUCUCUUUAUUUUAUGUAGGAAUUAUCCUGGGAAACGUCUUCAUUGUAUUCACAGUGUUUUGUGACCCUCACCUCCACUCCCCCAUGUACAUUCUGCUGGCCAACCUCUCACUCAUUGACCUGGGCCUUUCAUCCACCACAGUUCCUAGGAUGAUUUCUGAUCUUUUCAGUGACUACAAAAUCAUUUCCUUCCCCAACUGCAUGAUACAAAUGUUCUUCAUCCACGUCAUGGGAGGAGUUGAGAUGGUGCUUCUCAUAGCAAUGGCAUAUGACAGAUACACAGCAAUCUGCAAACCUCUCCACUAUCUAACUAUUAUGAAUCCCAAAAUGUGUGUCAUUUUGGUAGUGAUCGCUUGGGUAAUUGGGGUAAUUCAUGCAGUGUCUCAGUUUGUUUUUGCCGUAAACUUACCUUUCUGUGGCCCUAAUAAUGUGGGUAGUUUUUACUGUGAUUUUCCUCGGGUUAUUAAACUUGCAUGCAUGGAUACUUACCAGCUAGAAUUUGUGGUCACUGCCAACAGUGGCUUCAUAUCAAUGGCCACCUUCUUUUUCUUAAUUGCAUCAUACAUCUACAUUCUGGUCACAGUUCGACAGCAUUCUUCCAACGAUUUAUCCAAAGCAUUCUUCACUUUGUCUGCUCACAUCACUGUAGUGGUUUUGUUUUUUGCUCCUUGUAUGUUUCUCUAUGUGUGGCCUUUUCCUAUUAAGUCAUUGGAUACAUUUUUUUCCAUUGUGGAUUUUGUUGUCACCCCUGUCUUAAAUCCUACUAUCUAUACAUUACGGAACAAAGAUAUGAAAGUGGCAAUGAGAAAGUUGGGUCGAAGAGUUAUAAGCUCUAAGGACAUGACAUAG